AUGUCCCCUCGACUAAUGGGGCUGCCAAUGCAGCUUCAACAGUUCAUUGCCCGGCCCUUGCAGCAGUCAUCACCACUGGUCUUCCUGGCACCGCAAUUCCAGCAGACGCGCAAUGCCUCCAUCCUCUCCUCGCUCUCCGACAAUCCCUCCGCCUACAACAAGCGCAUCCGUCGUGGUCGUGGUCCUGCCUCCGGCAAGGGUAAGACUUCUGGACGUGGUCACAAGGGUCAGAAGGCGCACGGAAAGGUUCCGGCUGGCUUCAAUGGUGGUCAGACCAAGGAUAUUGUCGUCAGCGGCACACGGGGUGAAGAAACAAACAUCUUUGCCCUCGAGAUGGCCCCUGUGAACCUCUCCCGCAUCCAAGAAUGGAUCGAUCAAGGCCGCAUCGACCCAACCCGCCCUAUCACCGUCCGCGAACUCACCCAAUCGCGAUGCAUCCACAAGCACAAGGAUGGCGUCAAGGUUCUCGGUGACGGCGCCGCAUCCCUCAAACAGCCUAUCCACCUGGUCGUCUCGCGCGUCAGUGCCUCCGCCAUCGCCGCUGUCGAGGCUGCCGGUGGCUCCGUCGCCACCCGUUUCUACACCCGCAGCGCGAUCAGAAAUAUCAUGGCCAAUCAGACACACCCAUUCAUCAGUAUGGCGUGGAGUGCUGAGAGCGGAUCGAAGGAGUUGCUUGCGGCCGAGUUUGCCAAGUUGAAUCUUGGUGCUGAGGUCGAGACUGUUGAGGAGAAGAGUAUUAUGGAGGCUAAGGGUCUUCGGUACAGAUUGCCUGAUCCUACGAGACGUCGUGACAUUGAGUACUACCGUGAUCCGGCGCAUCGGGGAUACUUGAGUCAUCUGCUUAAGCCUUCGGAGGGUCCCAGUUUGUUCUUCCGUUCUCCUGAGGAGCGUAAGUCUGCAGCUGGUACGAAGAAGGAGAAGGUUCUGCCAGAGAACAGAGUUUGGUAG